AGUUGUUGCAGUUAUCCAAGAUGCAAACCGGGUUGGUGCUUUUAUUAAUUGGUGCUCUAGCUGUGGCCAGUGCCGAAUGGAUCGAUAUCGAUUGGUCGCAGGUAAAACCGAUCGAGGAGUUUGAUCAUUACUGGGCACGUCUACCGGCAGAAUUGCAGUUCCUGCGUAAGCUUACACCAGAGCGUCGAAUCACCAAUGGGCAACAGGCAGCCGUUGGACAGUUCCCGUAUCAAAUCGCUCUUCUCAGUACUUUCUCCGGAGGUACCGGUCUGUGUGGAGGAUCAGUGCUGACAAACAACUUUAUCCUGACUGCUGCCCAUUGCGUUCAGAACGCUUUCGGUGGAACUGCCAUCAUGGGAGCUCAUAACCGACUCAACAAUGAGGCCACUCAGCAGAGAAUUGCCUUCGGUAGCGGUGGAAUCACAAUCCAUGCGGGAUAUACACCCACUAACAUCAGAAACGACAUCGCCGUUGUCCGCUUGAACAGCCCCAUUGUGUUCACUGCGCGUAUCCAACCCGCACGUAUUCCAACUGCUACUGAUAGUCGGACGUUCGCUGGAUUGACCGGUACUGUAUCUGGAUUCGGUCGUACCUCAGAUGCCAGCCAGGCCACUUCCGCUGUGGUUAUGUUCACUACCAACCCAAUCUUGACGAAUGCUGUCUGCCUUUCCAACUGGGGUGGUAACGCCAACCUUAUUCAGGCUCAGAAUAUUUGCCUAUCCGGAGCUGGUGGCCGAUCGUCUUGCAAUGGUGACUCUGGUGGUCCGCUGACUGUCUCCGAUGGUGGUAGUUCUCUGCAGGUUGGUAUAGUUUCGUUCGGAUCCGCUGCCGGUUGCUCGAUCGGAAUGCCCUCGGUGUACGUUCGUGUUACCCACUUCCGCGCAUGGAUCGUUCAAAACUCGGACUUCUCCUAAGGCUUGUACGAACGUUUUCAAUUUCUGUUUCUUAUAUGCCUGAAUUCGGAAUGGUUUGUCCCAAUGCGUAUUAGAAGGAAUGUAAUUACUAAAUUGUGCAGUCUAA